AUGGUUCGUACUAUCAAGCGCAGGUUGUCAGAAGCUCAGGAUAGGCAAAAGAGUUAUGUGGAUCGGAGACGGAGACCUUUAGAGUUUUCUGUUGGUGAUUAUGUAUUCUUACGGGUAUCCCCUACAAAAGGAGUAAAAAGGUUUGGGUUGAAGGGUAAGUUAGCACCUCGCUAUAUUGGACCCUUUCAGAUUCUCGAGAGGAUAGGUGAGGUGGCAUAUCGACUGGCGCUAUCACCAUCACUUACCGGGGUGCAUGAUGUAUUCCAUGUGUCUAUGUUGAGGAGAUACGUACCACACCCUUCGCAUAUUCUCAUAGAUGUAUCAGUUGUACUUCAGCCAGAUAUAUCUUAUGAGGAGAUUCCAGUUCGGAUUUUGGACUGCAAAGAACGCCAGUUGCGGAACAAGACAAUUCGACUGGUCAAGGUCGGAUGGCGGUACCAUUCAGAUGAAGAAGCCACUUGGGAGUUGGAAGAUAAGAUGCAAGCUAGUUACCCACACCUGUUUACUGAAGAUAUUGGUGUUUUACUUCCAGCCACCACAGCUCUGUUAAGGAUCACUUUCUCCAUCAGAUUUGUGAUUGUCUCCAACAGAAGAAGAAGAAGAGGUAAUAAGGGGAGGUUGGAUGAUGAUUAA